AGAAUAAAAAAGGCAGUCUUCUUCAACUCUCGCUCUGAAUUGGGAGACAUCCUAUUGGUCACUACUUCUCGCGACACUUGCGGGACCAAUAGAAGUGCAGCAGCGCCAAGUCAAACCGACUCAUUUUCCUCAAAAAAACACACAACCUUUUCUUUUUUUUACUCCGGUGCUGUGGGCGAUUGAAGAGGUUUCUCUGUUACCAUUGCAAGCUAAACCACAACAAGAAAUCUCCACUGCGUUGACUGAUUUCCGAGCUACACAAUGGACAGUGUUGCAGUUUCAAGGCGAAACCACACCAAUAAAAAAGGAAACAAGGAAAACACCCAGCCUCCUCAUGGAACCAAGUCCUUUAUCAAAGGACAGAAGACGACUGUUGUCCCCUUCCAACUGAAAGGCAACAAGAAAGAGGAGACCCUGCCAAAAAAUGAUCUCAAAGCCAAACCGAAGCAACAGGCUGACACAAGGUCAACAUCUGCCGUGGCUCUGAAAAACAUAAAACCUCUGCAGCGGCAAGGGAGGGCAGCUGCUGCUGGUGUUAAACAAAAACAAACGCACACACAGGCCUUCCUCUCAGAACAGGCUGUGAGGCACGCUAAAAUAGCUGCAGAGGCUCCAAAGCCGCCAGUUGCGGUGUCCUCGCUGAAGGCUGCUCCCGGUAUGUACAAAGGCAAGAUUAUCCAGUCAAAGAUCGGCUCUAUUUGGAAGUCCAGUAGCAGUUUGUGUUCAGCGGAUCUCAAACCGUCAGCGCCCAAAACAGAAAAGCAAGCUGGAAAUGUGGCAAAACCAAGGUCCAAAUCAGUUACUGACAUGCCUGGGCAUAGCACACAGAGGCCGGUGGCGGCGAGGUCCAAGUCAGUUGUUGAUAGAUCUGCUCCGGUGUCCAAGCCCCCGACCACCAGCCGCCCUCCUGCUAGAUACUGCCCUCCCACGAGAACUGUCCCAGCAACACUAACAGGCACCAGGAACGCUACUGUAGCUCCCACUAAGGUACGUGGGACCCUGAACUCCAAGCCAAAGGUUCCAGUGACGGACAAGAAGGUCAACAAGCCUCCUGCCUCAAGCACCCUGAGUCAGUACAGAUUCAACGUGGAGACCGCAGAGGAGAGAAGGGCAAAAUUGGCAGAGUGGAUGGCUUCCAAGGGCAAGACUUUCAAACGACCCGCCAUGGCAGCGGCAGCAGCCCCCGCAAAAACCAAAGCUGGUGCAAAACCUGCAGCUGAUGUCAAGCCUCAGUCUGAGCCUGAGCCUCAAGCUGAGCCUGAGCCUGAGCCUCAGACUGAGGUUCAGCUUGCUGCACACUGCCAACCUGAAGCCGGUCUGGAAGGACACGAGCUGGACUCGGCCGCUCAGUGUGCAGAUAUGAAGGAGGCAGAGCCGCCUGCGCAUGGCCAAACUCCAGUGAUCAUGAACACCACCCUGGACCUGCUUGAAAACUCUGAUGCAGAUCUGUCCUUUGAGCCACAAGAGAAAGUGGAUGAUAUUGUUGUGAACCUGUGUGAGGCGUUGGAGGCCAUGUCGACAUUAUCUGAAUGCAGAGAUGAACUCGCACAGGUGACAGAUGAGUGUAAUGACGUUGAAAUGGAGGGCAGUAAAGCAUGUGAAAAGGAGGAGCUGAAUAAUGAAGUUCCUGAGGAGGUUGUUGAGGAGCCAAAGACUGAGGAAGUGAAGGAUGAAGCAGAGUGGGGUGAUGACCAGAAAGUGGAGCCUGAGGAAGAAGAAAGUGACGAUGAAUGUGUGAUGGAGACGACGCCACAGAUAAAAGAUGCCUCAGUGAUCAAAUACAGUGUGAAGACCACUCCAUACCUGCAAAGUGUAAAAAAAACAAUCGAAGGUGAGGUCUGCGCAAGUGGAUCCAGAAGAAAGAGCAACAUCAAAGAUCUCAAGUUUCUGACGCCAGUGCGCCGCUCCUGCCGCAUCCAGCGCAAGUCGUCCUGCCUGCCGACCAUGCUCACCGACCACGAUCCCUGUGUGUCGUCGCUGGCCGAGCUGGUUACACUGGACGAUGAUCCCAACGCUUACAUCUACAGAAAAAACACGGCACUUCUGGAGGAUCUGCCUGACAAACCCAGGCUGUGAGGACUGCUGUAUAUUUGUGAUGUUGUACAAAAAAAAAAAGUUAACCUUUCAUUGAUCUCCAGUGGGGAACCCAUUCAUGUCUUUGAUGCAAAUAUAAGACUAAAGCUAAUGGACACUUUAUACUGCUACAAUAUUUAACUAAUGUGACUGCAUGUGUGCAGUUGGCUGUUAUCUGACCUGUGUUUUCUGUAACUGUUUCAUUUAACUUGUUUUAAUAUAAAGCUGACCUGUAUUGUCACAUGCACUAAAUAAAAGGCUGCGUUAUCUUAAA